UUAUCGACCGAUCAAUGGGCAGCCUUGCUAUUCGCCAACGUGACUUUGUGUUUGAAGCAGUCUGGCAACUCUGAAAGCGUUUGUUUACCAUGGUACGCAUUAAGAAUCGUUAUAUUGCCGUGCAAAUAGUGCCACAAACGCCAGUACAAACGCUGCGCCUUAACGACAGCACGCUGUCCAAGUGCCUGCUGCAGAAUGUGGAAAAAUAUUAUGGUGUCUACGGACUGGGAUUGUUGGAGCACGGUUUCCGUGUGAAAUACUGCAAUGAGCGUACCAAGAUUGCUAUCAUUCGUUGCAUUCACCGGGGCCAACGUUAUGUGUCCAGCAUAUUGCCGUUGAUAACACUCAUUGGCGAUGUUCGCGCCAAGUUCCGCACUCUUUAUGUGGGUGCCACGGUCAUACAGUGCAACAAGUUCAUUAUCAAGCAUCAGAAACAUUUUCUGGACCGCAUGAUGGGCCAAACGGCAUCGGCCAAGGAGCGUCAGGAUCUUUUCAAGCGUGUUAUGGAGCUCGACAUGGAGAGAUAGCUGCAAGCAAUUUUAUUUAAUUUU